AUGGAUGAAAUUCUCGUUCAUGUUACAGCCCCCAGUUCCGUGCGAGACGACGCACGCUACCGGGCCCAAGUGGCCGCCAUUCUCAACUUCCAAAGUGCGCGCCACCCAAUCUCAGGCACUGCACAUAGCCAUACCGACCCCGGGGAUCAUCACUCGCAUCAAGUAUCCGCCGUGGGAUCCCCUUUCUCCCAACACGAGGCCUCCCCAUUGCGGGAGGCGUCCCGACCCGCAUGGGAGACAUUCCCAGAUCGUCUGGACUCUGAGGCCAAUGAUCUACAAAACCCGGACGAUCACAUAGACCUCGACUCCCUGGAGAGUCUCGUCAGUGUGAUUCCAGAUUCUCAGGAGAUCGUCGCCCCAGCUCCAGAUCCAGUUCCAGAUCCCGAACCAGUUGGCUCGGGCCCGGCUUUUGCAGUGUGCUACCCACCCUCCAAAAGGCGUUGCAUACAGCCACAGUCCCUAAAGACGCUUGCCCACUCUCCUGCAGCUGAAUCUGAUAUCACACGUCCGGCCUCUGCAACGGACCAGCCCGAUGUUGAUAUCCACCCUAUCCACCCUGUGCAACAUGUUAUAGGGGAUGCUCUUAAUCCCAUUUGUAUAUCGAGUUCCAUUGAGUCGAUAGGCGAGAGUACAGACUCUUCUCUACCGACUCCUGUGCCAAAUCCUGAACCCCUGGCUCUUGCAUCUACUGCAACUGCCCCUGCUCCUUCCACUACUGCUCCCACCUUCCCUCUCCCUCCUGUCCUCAAUCUCACAUUUCCUCUAGAAAUACACGCCCCUCAACCUCCAAUCUCAACAGCCCCCUUCACAACCCAUAUAACAUCCACUCUAUCCAUGCUCAAAGACCGACUCAGACCGGAGCGUACCUAUAAACCAACUCACCAAACAAGGGAUUUAGAUCCCCUGGAACGGGGAUAUUGGUUUAUAAAGUUUAACAUUGGAUCGAACGAAAAAAAGGGGGAUCAAAGCUGGUCUACAUCCUCCUUCCAAACAUUCUGGGCCUUCCUCAAGGACUUCAUCGCAAAGGAUGGUCGAGCGGGCUGGGGUGUAUGGUGUAUUCUUGAACGAUCUCCUCUCUCCAGUGAAGUUGGUUCGACGAGCCCAUCGAAGUCCACUUUGACAGAGACUAUAGACGUCUCUGUUUCUGUUUCACUGAAGGUAUAUGCAUGGGGCGAAAUCGCCAUGCAUAUUUACCUGCUUCUAUUCCUUGCUAGUGAGCGACGUAUUCGAGGGAUGGGGGUUCAGUGGAGGGAUGCUGGGGAGACGGCUGUUAUUCAGAUGCCGUAG